ACAGGAGCGAGGUAAACGGAGUCAGACUGUCAUGUGUGAUUAAACUGGUGGUUGACAAUUUAUCUCGCAAAUCUCGAUGAUAUUGGAUCAUAUCUUGUUUUUUGUUUGUGUUUUACACUACAAAAACAUGUCUUACUAGUCAAACAUCAUAAUUUCUAGGCUAGGUGUGACUUUAUACCUAGUUUACAGUUUUUUGGGAUACCUGGGAACCUUCAUAAAGUUACUAUAAUUCUCCAACGAGUUUUUGUGUGUGUGUGGAGAGCUGCAGCUAUGCAGCAGGAGCUUUUGUUCAAAGUGCUGGUCAUUGGAGACCUGGGAGUGGGCAAAACGUCCAUCAUUAAGCGGUACGUGCAUCAGAUCUUCUCCCAGCACUACCGAGCCACCAUCGGGGUGGACUUCGCCCUGAAGGUGCUGCAGUGGGACAACGACACUGUGAUCCGGCUGCAGCUUUGGGACAUAGCAGGGCAGGAGCGCUAUGGGAACAUGACUCGUGUCUAUUACCGGGAGGCGGUGGGAGCUCUGGUGGUGUUUGACGUGACGAGGGCCUCCACGUUCGACGCCGUGCUGAAGUGGAAGGACGACCUGGACUCCAAGGUGACCCUAAACCAUGGGAGGCCGGUUCCAGUGGUCCUCCUGGCCAAUAAGUCAGACCAGCUGGGCUCCCAGCAGCCCAAACUGGACUCCUUCUGCAGGGAGAACGGCUUCGCUGGCUGGUUCGAGACUUCCGCUAAGGAAAACGCUAACAUCGAGGAGGCGGCACGCUGCCUGGUGGAGAACAUCCUGAACAACGAGGAGAGCCCGGUGGUGGAGCGAGAGCCCGCCUCCCUCAUCCUGUCUGGAUUCACCAACACCACCAAGGAUCCUCUCAACUGUGCAUCAUGUAUGAAGCCGUGACUCCUGACCAAUCACACGCCACCAGGAAGUCAGUUUGGCUCAGGGACUGUUUUAGUGAUUAAUACAGAAAAAUAGGCAGAGGUUUGUACCAUGGCCAUCAGGAGAUCUGAAGCAUAAAGGAUUUGGUUUAGGUUCACAUUCAAAAUGUUUCAUUCCUUCAGAUCCUCUUAAUUCAAUAUGAAAGAAUGUCUUGACUUAUUAAAAGUUUUAGGAAGAUAGGCAUUAAAUGUGAAUUUACGACUUA